AAUAUCUCCUCAUCAUCAAACACAAAGUCUAAUAUCAUCCACUUACAAAGAAAAACCAUUUUAAUCAUGACCGUUGAUUCAGCUCUGCGAUCUCCGAUGAUGCACUCACCGUCCACUAAGGACGUGAAGGCUCUAAGGUUCAUUGAGGAGAUGACACGUAACGUCGAUUUCGUUCAGAAGAAAGUCAUUAGAGAGAUACUUCGUCGUAACUCGGAGACUGAGUACCUGAAACGGUUUGGUCUCAAGGGAUUCACUGACCGGAAAGCAUUUAAGACCAAAGUUCCGGUGGUUACCUACGAUGAUCUUAAACCGGAGAUUCAACGUAUAGCCAAUGGUGACCGGUCUAUGAUCUUGUCUUCUCACCCCAUCACCGAGUUCCUCACAAGCUCUGGGACAUCAGCUGGUGAAAGGAAGUUGAUGCCCACCAUUGAAGAAGACAUGGACCGACGUCAGCUUUUAUACAGUCUUCUCAUGCCUGUGAUGAAUCUCUACGUGCCCGGAUUAGACAAAGGCAAGGCUCUAUAUUUUUUCUGCUUGACUCAAGGGUUGUAUCUACACACUUCAGUCCAGCUUUGCCACAUUGGUCACCAGAAACGCCGUCGUUGAGAAGAUUUUGUUUUGGUUUAGGGUUUGUGAGUCGUACAAUAAGUUCGGUGUACGGAUGUUUACCCGAUCAAUGUUAAUUUUCUUCACUCUCUCCUUCCUUUGUCUGAAUUCUAAGUAAUAAAUAAUUUAAGUAACG